AUGCUUAAGCGCUAUGUACUUCGGUCAAAAGUGAAGCUUCGCGAUGUUUCUGAAGAGUAUGACGUGUGGGCAGCUUGGGGUUCUGAGAAUGAGAAAGCCUGGGAGACAGAGAGACAAUGGAGCCGUGCUCGUAGUGGUGCGGUAGAACCCGUCUGGGAUUAUACGAACGACUCGCCGUGGGGAACAGAAAAAGGGGUUCUUCGCGACCGCAGGGCUAGCGGAAUGGGGCAUCGACUUAUUGUCAGGAAGGGGGAAAAACCUAAGGGAACAGCUACGUACGAUAUCGCUUCACCGGAUGACUACCUACUGCAUCGAAUAUUACGCGGUGUUCCGGAAGGGGCGGCGGAUAUCGCCCCCAUGCAAGCAUUUCCAAUGGACUCGAACCUGGACAUGAUGGGCGCACUGGAUUUUAGAAAGGGAUGCUAUAUCGGGCAAGAACUUACUGUUCGAACAUAUCACACCGGUAUAAUACGGAAAAGGGUAUUGCCCGUCGUGAUUCAUUCACCAGGAGAUGCGUCUCGGGCGCCCAUCUCUCAGUUGAGCUUUCCCUCGAAUUUAGACAUCAAGGCUCGCGUUACUGAAUCGAGCAAUGGCGCUGUCCGUAAACCUCGACACCGAGCGACGGGAAAACUACUCAGCUCCGUCAACGGCGUUGGUCUUGCGCUUCUGCGGCUAGAGCAUCUACCUGCUGUGGAGAAUGGAAACAUUGUUUUAGAAGUCGAAACAGGGAGUGCGGAAAAACAGACUUCGGAACUCACGCAUUGGUUGCCGGACUGGUGGCCACCCGCUCCUGCUCUUCUGGAACAGGAGUCAUGA